AUGAAUAGAUUUAUUCUUUUGAGUAUUAUCAUGCUCAUGCCUCUCUGUUUGGCUCAAAAUGUAAGUGUAGAAAAACUUCUUGCUUAUAAUAAAUGGUCAAGCGAACAUCAAAGAGUUUAUCUGAAUGAACAUGAAAAAUUAUUUAGACAAAUGGUUUUCUUUGAGAACUUGUAAAAGAUUUAGGAUCAUAACAGUAAUCCUAAUAACACCUAUUCUAUUCAUUUAAACUAAUUCUCAGAUAUGACUAAACAAGAAUUUGCUGAAAAAAUUCUUAUGAAAUAGAGUUUUGUUGAAAAUUUUAUGAAAGGAGCCAGUUAAUAGGAUAAUAAUACUAAUGCUAACCAUAAUGAGGCUAAUCAUAAUGAUGCUAAUCAUAAUGAUGCUAAUCAUGAAAUGUAAUUGAAUUCAAAGAACUUUACUAUAGCUACUUCAAUAGACUGGAGAUCAAGAGGUGCUGUAACAUAGGUUAAGUGGCAAGGUAAUUGUGGUGCAUGCUGGGCUUUCUCUGCAACUGGUGUAAUGGAGUCAUUUAAUUUCAUUUAAAACAAAGCUUUAGUUGAAUUUUCUGAGUAAUAACUCUUAGAUUGUGUCAUUCCUGCAAAUGGUUACCCCUCUUCAGGAUGCCAUGGUGGAUGGCCUGUUUAAUGCAUAGAUUAUGCCUCCAAAGUAGGUAUCUUAAAUCAAGACAGAUAUUACUAUUUUGGAGUUUAGAUGUAGUGUAGAGUGACUGGCACAAAUAAUGGUUUUAAGCCUAAAAGCUGGGUUUAAAUUCCUAACAAUUCAGAUGCCUUAAAAACUGCUUUGAAUUUCUCCCCAGUUUCUGUAGCUGUAGAUGGUACCAAUUGGACUGAUUAUAAGUCUGGAGUUUUUAACGGAUGUGAUUCUCAUGUUAGUCUUAAUCACGCUGUAUUAGUAGUAGGCUAUGAUGAACAAGGUAACUGGAUUAUUAAAAAUUCUUGGAGCACUCUUUGGGGUGAAGGUGGAUAUAUGAGACUUGCUCCUAACAACUCAUACGGUAUCUUAAACUUAGGUUAUUAAAUCACUUCUUGA